CUUGUGAGGAGCCAGAGCACACUCUACCCAGGUGACCUGCCUUGUGUGAGAGCCCAGUGCCUGGAGAUGAAGAGCCUGCUUCUCACCAUCCUGCUGCUGGGGCUGGUGGCUAUCCUGAAGGCUCAGGAAGCCCCACCAGAUGACCAGGAGGAUUUCUCUGGGAUCUGGUACACACAGGCCAUGGUAUGUGACAGGAAUCACACAGAUGGGAAGAGACCUAUGAAAGUGUUCCCUAUGACCAUAGUAGCCCUGGAAGGAGGGAACUUAGAGGCCCAGCUAACAUUCUGGGACAAUGGUCAUUGUCACAUGAAAAAAUUUUUGAUGCAUAAAACUGAUGAGCCUCGCAAGUACACUGCCUUCAAGGGCAAGAAGACCAUCUAUAUUCAGGAGACUUCUGUAAAGGGCUACUACAUCUUGUAUUGUGAAGGCCAGCGCCAUGGGAAGUCACACCGGAAGGGGAAACUCAUAGGGACAAACUCUGAGAAAAACCAAGAGGCCCUGGAAGAAUUCAAGAAAUUUGCAAUGAGCAAGGGAUUCAGAGAAGAAAACAUCAUCGUACCUGAGCAGCUGGAUCAGUGUGUGUCUGCGAGUAACUAA